ACGUUUUAAAUGUUUUACCACCAGAGGACACUGCAGUUCUUAUCUGUCACCUGAAUUUCUACCUGCAUCUUCGACCAAUCGGACGUACGACCCUGGGUCCUGCUGCCUUCCCCCUCCUCGACCUACUAUACCAGUCCCCGAGUAUAGAGCUACGUAGUUCAGAAAUUCCUGCACCGCAAGCGCGAAACGAUCAUCCAUUAUAGAGUUGUUCCCACGUUUCUAUUAUUCUUCCUCUCGCGUUCUAAAUACGUGUGGUAAAGUGUUAAUCUCCUGGAAAAACAAGGAAACAUCGUGAAAUCUUUCGAGUGAUACAAGGAUACGAAUCAAGAUGAAAAUCCCAGCAGCUUUGCUGCUGACCAUUGUCCUGUGCUUAUCCUUGUUCGCGACAAGGACUGGUGCAGCUUUGGAAUCAAACUCGAGCUUGCCUAAUGAACUUCUUCGUGAGAAUCAUUCAACGUCGAGUGAAUCGUCGAAUGAAUCGUCGAAUAAGAAUACAACGAUCGCUCCAAAUGUGAUCGACAAGAAAAUCAUAUUACCGAAAUACGCUAACAAAUAUACCAAUUGGCAGGAUAUACUUUUUCAGCAGAUUCACUCAUUGAACGAGGACGAAAAUAAGGGAGAGAAUAAUAAUAAAGCUGACAAUGCAUUUGACUAUGACGAAUAUAAUAUUGAGGAUGAUAUUGACGAUGACGACGAUGACGAUGAAGACGACGAAGACAACGACGAGGAUGCUAACAAAAACGACGAAAACGACGACUUCGGCGAAAUCGACGACGACGACGAUGACGAUGAUGAAAAUGUUAUGACUCAAUGUCCCGAUUAUUGCAAAUGCGUCGCACAAUACGUCGCUGCAUCAACCGCUACGUGCACAAAACUCGUGGAAGGACAAGUUUUUGCUCCUGGUACAGCCAGUUUACGAAUCGAAAAUGCCGAAGAAAUUCGUCUUGGUCCUUACGCCUUAAAAUCCCGAGGAUUGCAACAGCUGGAGAAUUUAAAGAUCGCGGAUACUCGUAUCGUCGAUCUCGAUCGUACGGCAUUCGACGGUACUCCCAUACUUUUCGCCAUCAAUUUAACGAGGAACGCACUUGAAGAAAUCCAUCCACAAACCUUCAAAAAUAAUUCGCAGCUGAGUCACUUGACCAUCUCUGGUAAUCCCUUGAAAUAUGAUCAAUAUUUCAAAGGGGAUAGAUAUUAUCUAUUCGAAGCUCCUUCCGUCAGUGAGCUUGUAUUUUCUAACAACGGUUUAGAGAGAUUGCCACGUACUGCAUUUCAUAAGAUGCAGAACUUGGAGUAUAUCAAUUUAAGUGGAAACAGAUUAGUGGAAAUUGAGAUGUCUCUAUUUGAUACGUUGAGCUCUUUAGUUGAUUUGGAUUUGUCCUAUAACUCGUUGUCAAUUAUCCCGCUGGAACUUUUCCGAUACAGUAGUUUGCAGGUUCUUCGUAUCUCUGGAAAUGAUUUAUUUACUUUGGCUUCUAUAAAGGGUUCAGAAUUGAGAACGUUAGAGGCUGCUCAAAACUCGAUUAGGAGCAUAGGAAAAGAGGAUUUAUUGGGCGUGCCAAUGUUGGAACAAUUAAUUGUUAAUUCGAAUGGAAUGAAGAGAAUACAUCAACAUGCGUUCUUGCAUCUUGAACAAUUGAUUCAUCUCGAUGUUAGCCACAACAGAUUAACUUCUUGGACCGAACAUCAUCUAAGAAACAAUCCGAAAUUACAGAUUUUGUUAAUGAACAACAAUCCGGAACUAAAAAUCUUGCCUGUUUUCAAGACUACUGGUCUUAAAUAUGAAACAUAUAGCACUUAUCGUUUCGAAUGCUCUAAUUGCGGUUUGGAAGUAUUGGACCCUCAAACUUUCGACGAGAUGCCAGCUUUAAACAGAUUGAAUUUAUCAUCAAAUCGUAUUUCCUCUUUACCCAACGGUCUUUUCAAGUUCCUCACUUCUCUUCGAGAGUUGGAUAUCUCUUAUAACAAGAUAAAUAAGUUAGAGGAAAAUAUGUUCCGCGGAGCUGUUACCUUGAACAGAAUCAACCUUUCUGGUAAUCCUCUGAAGACUUUGCAAGUUACUCCAUUUUUGUCAGUACCUUCGCUUGCGAAACUCGACGUGAGCCAAUGCGAAUUGGAAAGAGUUUGGAGUGAAGCUAGAGUUCCUUUGCAAAGCCUCAGAUUGCUGUCGGUUCGUUCCAAUUUACUGCAACGAAUCACUCUUGAAGAACUCAACGCAACGCCGAAACUUUCAGCCUUGGAUUGGUCACACAAUCCUUUGAAAUGUGACGAAGAUUUUAACAAAGCUAUUCAAUGGUUGACGAGUCAUGGCAUUACCCCCGUGGAAAGACGCACAUACAGUACUUAUGGCGAUAACAUGGAUUAUUCUGACGAUGAUGGCAUCACGCAAUGGAAAGAUCUAGCAAAGAUUAUUUGCGAUUCUGAAGAAGAUGGACCACCAUCUAGGAUGAUACCUAAUCCCGUAAAACCAAGGAUCAACUCACAGGAAUUAAUCGAUGAUGUAGAGAACACGAAUUCUCUUAUAAGUGGUGAUCGCGAAGAUAUCGAGGAAAUUUUAAAACCAUUCGACCAUUUUACGGAAUCAAACAAUGACGUUGAAAGAGCAUGGGAACAGAAUCAAUACACAGAAUAUGGAGAUUACAUCGUUGAGUCAUCGAGUUAUCGACCAUGGUACAGUACUGCACUUUGGCCUAUAUUAACUGUCAUUGUGGUGACGUUAAUAGUUCUAUUGUUGAUCGCUCAUGUGGCUAUCACCGUGGCGAAACGCCGUGGUCGUGGCCGUGGACCGGUUAUCAGACCACCAAUGAUUCUUCGUCAAAGUCUCGUCGAUAAUAAAAAUUGUGGUUUGGUUUACAAACCUCUUCAAGAAGAAAUAGCAACUCCCCAUAUGCCUAAAAGGGGUAGCUUUUACUCGAGCAGUACUUUCCAUUACGACAAGAUCGUACCCGAGAGCGUUUAAAUUGAUUAAUGUUUCAUUCAAAUAAAAGGACUAAUAUUGAAAGUUCAUCUUUGAAAAAAAAGGGGUGGAAUAAUAUAAAAAUGAAAAUAAUGAAAAUAGGGAUGAUAUGUUUUUUUAUAAAUUUUAUUAGCGUUUAUUUUUUUUUUUAUUAAGCAUCAUAAGAGUAUUCUACCGAUCGAAUUAUUCCGUCGUCUCAUUGGUGAAAAAAUAAAGAUGAAAAUAAUUAUCGUGAUAUAACGAAGAACUAUCGCGAAUUCCUCAGUGCCUUUGUAAGCGCAUUUGUGCUUGAAAUAUUUUUUUAUUAUCCAGUAUGUACAAUCAAUAAUUAUUAAGAGAAAUCGAUCAAUCCAAUAAUGAAGGAUUAUUGAACGAACAGACGUAUUUUUUUUAAAGAAAUCGACUAUAUUUUGUCUUUCGAUAAACUAUCAUAGUUAUCGAAUUGUUUGAUGGAAAAAAAAAAAAAUAAGUACAACUAAUGUUUGGGAAGGAAGCGUUUGAUGUCGUCUAUGAUUAAUUAAUUAUUAUAUAUGUAUGUAUAUUUAAUUACUAGCGCAUACUAAUUAUUUUUAACGUAGUCACUUUAUCAUAUAUAAAAAAAAAAAAAAAAGAAAGAGAGAAAGAGAAAGAACGAGUUAAUGCAAGCUCGAAAUUACAAAACGCAGUAACAGUAGAUUUUUUAAUGUUUGCAGUUUGUUAAUUCACCUUAACAAAAAAAUCAUUUGAUACAAAUCACAAAUGAAAAACAGCUACUUAUCGUAGAACGAUAUUAAAACUAACAUGUAUUAGAACAAAUGAGUAGUACACUUUAAUGUGCGCUAUACCAAUAUUCUGUAAAUAAUAUAUAACGUUUUAAUAAAAAUUGAAAUAAAUUAAAA